UGUUCAGGUUCAGUGUGUGUGUGUGUGAGGCUGCUGCUGCAUCUCUGUUCACUGUUGGAUGCGAACAAGUACAAACCGAAACCUUCAAUAUUGGGUUUUAGGCUCGAGUCGCAGCUAUGUCUCGGGGAUCUAUUGAAAUCCCUCUGCGGGACACAGAUGAGGUUAUUGAGCUUGACUUCGACCAGCUUCCAGAAGGAGAUGAAGUCAUCAGUAUCCUCAAACAGGAGCACACACAGCUCCACAUAUGGAUUGCACUCGCUUUGGAGUACUACAAACAAGGCAAGACAGAAGAUUUCGUCAAGCUGCUGGAGGCGGCACGCAUUGAUGGAAACCUGGAUUACAGAGACCACGAGAAGGACCAGAUGACGUGUCUGGACACACUCGCCGCUUAUUAUGUCCAACAGGCUCGAAAGGAGAAGAACAAGGAUGCAAAGAAGGACCUCAUCAACCAGUCCACUCUUCUGUACACCAUGGCAGACAAGAUCAUCAUGUACGAUCAGAGCCAUCUGCUGGGAAGAGCUUGCUUUUGUCUCCUGGAAGGAGAUAAGAUGGAUCAAGCAGAUGCUCAGUUCCAGUUCGUUCUGAACCAGUCGACAAACAACAUCCCUGCACUCCUGGGUAAGGCGUGUAUCUCCUUCAACAAAAAGGAUUACAGGGGAGCUCUAGCCUACUACAAAAAAGCUCUUCGCACUAACCCUGGCUGUCCAGCUGAGGUGCGACUAGGCAUGGGCCACUGCUUUGUCAAGCUCAGCAAACUAGAGAAAGCUCGCUUGGCAUUCGGGCGAGCUCUGGAGCUCAACUCCAAAUGCGUGGGAGCAUUGGUGGGUUUGGCUGUGCUGGAGCUCAACAAUAAAGAGGCCGACUCCAUCAAGAACGGCGUGCAGCUGCUUUCCAGAGCCUACACCAUUGACCCCAGCAACCCGAUGGUGCUCAAUCACCUCGCCAAUCAUUUCUUCUUCAAAAAGGAUUACAGUAAAGUGCAGCAUCUGGCUCUUCAUGCGUUUCACAACACAGAGGUGGAGGCUAUGCAAGCUGAGAGCUGCUAUCAGUUAGCUCGCUCCUUCCAUGUCCAGGAGGACUACGACCAAGCCUUCCAGUACUACUAUCAGGCCACUCAGUUUGCUUCAUCUACGUUUGUACUGCCCUUCUUUGGCCUGGGCCAGAUGUAUGUGUAUCGUAGAGACAAGGAGAACGCUGCGCAGUGCUUUGAAAAGGUCCUGAAGGCAUAUCCCAACAAUUAUGAAACCAUGAAAAUCCUUGGGUCACUUUAUGCCACAUCAGAUGACCAGGAGAAGAGAGACAUUGCUAAAGAACAUCUGAAAAAAGUCACAGUACAAUAUUCCGAUGAUGUGGAAGCCUGGAUUGAGCUCGCCCAAAUUUUGGAACAAACAGACAUUCAGGGUGCUCUAUCCGCAUAUGGCACUGCCACUCGCAUCCUUCAGGAGAAGGUCCAGGCUGAUGUUCCCCCUGAGAUCCUCAAUAAUUUGGGGGCUUUACACUUCAGAUUGGGAAACCUCGGCGAGGCCAAGAAAUACUUUCUGGCUUCUUUGGAGAGGGCAAAAGCUGAGGGCGAGCACGAUGAGCACUACUACAACGCCAUCUCUGUCACAACCUCCUAUAACCUGGCCAGACUCUAUGAAGCCAUGUGCGAGUUUCACGAGGCUGAGAAACUCUACAAGAACAUCUUGAGAGAACAUCCCAACUAUGUGGACUGUUACUUGCGUCUUGGAGCGAUGGCGCGUGACAAGGGAAAUUUCUACGAAGCUUCUGACUGGUUUAAAGAAGCCCUUCAGAUCAACCAGGACCACCCUGACGCCUGGUCGCUGAUUGGUAACCUGCACUUGGCCAAACAGGAGUGGGGACCCGGCCAGAAGAAGUUUGAACGCAUCCUUAAACAGCCCUCUACUCAGAACGACACCUACUCUAUGCUGGCGCUGGGAAACGUGUGGCUUCAGACGCUGCAUCAGCCCACUAGAGACCGAGAAAAGGAAAAGCGGCACCAGGAUCGAGCUUUGGCAAUUUACAAACAAGUUCUGAGGAAUGAUGCCAAGAAUCUAUAUGCUGCCAAUGGAAUAGGCGCUGUGCUGGCACAUAAGGGUUAUUUCCGAGAGGCACGGGAUGUCUUUGCCCAGGUCAGAGAGGCCACAGCAGAGAUCAGUGAUGUCUGGCUGAAUCUGGCACACAUCUAUGUGGAGCAGAAGCAGUACAUCAGUGCUGUGCAGAUGUAUGAAAACUGCUUGAAGAAAUUCUACAAAUAUCAGAACACAGAGGUGUUGCUGUAUCUGGCCCGAGCGCUCUUCAAAUGUGGCAAGCUGCAGGAGUGCAAGCAGACUCUUCUCAGGGCUCGUCAUGUGGCUCCCAAUGACUCCGUGCUGCUGUUUAACGUGGCGCUGGUUCUGCAGAGGUUGGCCACGCUGGUGCUGAAGGAUGAGAAGAGUAAUCUGAAGGCUGUGUUGAGUGCAGUGAAAGAGCUGGAGUUGGCUCACAGGUACUUCAGCUACCUCAGUAAGGCUGGAGACAAAAUGAGAUUCGACCUGGCGCUGGCCGCGAGCGAAGCCAGGCAAUGCUCUGACUUGCUAAGCCAGGCUCAAUACCAUGUGGCCCGAGCUCGUAAACAAGACGAGGAGGAGAAGGAGCAUCGCGCCAAACAGGAGCUGGAGAGAGACACACUGCGGCAGCAGGUGAUGAAAGAACAGGAGGAGAGGAAGAGCAGAGUGGCUGAGGAGCAGAAGAAGCUGCUUGAGCAGAGAGCCCAGUAUGUGGAGAAGACCAAGAACCUGCUCACCUUCUCAGAGGGAAUGAAAGACUCGGCAAAGGAGAAGAGGAAAGGAGGCAGCGGACGGCGCAAAAAGGGAGGCGAUUUUGAUGACUUUGUCAAUGAUGACUCUGAUGAAGACCUGCCAAUGAGGAAGAAGAAGAAGAAGAAAGUUGGGAGCGGCAGUGAAGUUGAGGACGCAGGAGAGGAUGGAGAGAAGAAACCCCGGAAGAAGAGGAGGAGACCCGCUGGUUCAGAUGAUGAGGAAGGAGGCUCAAGGCCUAAGAAGCAGCGCAAACCCAGAGAGCGCAAGAGGGCCGAGAAGUCCAAGCCGGAGCGCAUGCCGCCAUCUCUUAAAGGGAAGAUCAAGUCCAAGGCCAUCAUUUCAUCCUCCGAUUCCUCCUCCGACGAGGAUGGCCUGAAAAUAGCAGAGGACAGAAACACCAGGCACAGCGGCUCGGGUUCAGACGACGACGAAAGCCACAGGAAACGCAUCGCUUCUGACAGCGACUCCAACGAGGAGCGGAACCGAUCCGGCAGCGAGGCCGGCAGCCCCCAGCGCUCUGCAAACUCAGACGAGGACGAGUCGGGCAGUGAUCGUCCGGUGAAGAGGAGGAGACCGCAGCAGCAAUCCGACUCCGAGCAGUCGGAGAACGAGAGCAAAAAGAGCCGCUCCGAAGGGUCUGAUGAUGAAUCCCCGGCUGGUUCCCCGGCUGGUUCUCCGGCUGGUUCCCCGGCUGGAUCACCGGCCCCGGCGUCAGAUCGGGGCUCAGAGAACGAGGGCUCUCCGCAGAGGUCCGAUAACGAAUCUGAGCCCGAGGGGUCCAACAAUGAAGCCUCCAACAGAGGAUCUGAUGACGACAGUGACUGAAAUUACUGAGCGUUCGCUCUGUUGGGGAAAACGAAAAGCCUUUGUUCUUGUAAUGGUCAGAUCAUAGCGUACGGAUGUUUCUCAGAUUUUAGGUUUUUUUUGUAAUGUUUUUUUUUUUUUUUAAAGAGAACGUGUUUUCUGUUUAGUCUUUUGAGUAAGAAAUGUUCACAACAUCUUUAACAGAUGUUUUUGAUGAGCAUUACGGCAUAUAUUGUGCUAUGUGAUCUUAAGGGACAAUCACACACUGUGAUUAGAGUUGGUGUACAAUAUGAAAUCCCUUUGAAUAAAAAGUAUUUUGAAAAUGUU